AUGGCAGGGAAAGAGUUGGAGCAGUGCCAGCAGCAGGCGAAUGAGGUGACAAAAAUCAUGCUUAAAAACUUUGACAAGGUCCUGGAGCAGCAUUCAGACCAACUCCUGGAUGUGGGCUCAGCCUUCGGCAAGACAACAGAGACCCUGGCCCAGCAUUGCCAGAUCUACCUGGGGCUGGUGGUGGGUGGUGGCCUGCUCAUCAUCCAGAUUUUGCGGCUGGCUGUCUUUAUCUCUCAGAGUAGUGACAGCAGUAGUGCCCCACAGACCCAGGAUGCAGGCACUGCCUCAGGUUCUGGGGCCUGA